AUGAGCCAAAAAAGAUCUGCCUACUCCCAAAGAAAUAAAAUAAGUGAGAUUGAAAAAAAAUGCGAAGAAAGCUUGAAUGAAAUAUUGAGGUCAGCAAAUGAAGUUACCGAAAUUUCGAAAAAAGCGGAAGAGGAGUUAGAACAUCAGACAGAACAAAUAAAACAUAUCAAUAAGGAGACCGAAAAUAUUGAGGAAAACCUGAAUCAAAGUCAGUACCACUUGGAAGGAAUAAAAUACUGGUGGAAAAAUAUAAACUCAUUCCUAGGAUUCGAAACGUUUAACAAUAGCGAAAAUAAAACCGUAAAUAAUCAGCUAAAUAAUAGCACGAAGAAAAAAAUAAGUCAUAAUUAUAAUGAUAAAUAUGCAAAGAAUGACGACAAGUUUUGUAGAAGCCCUCUGAAUAUACAAGGGACACCCAAAAAGAAAGGCUCAUUCGACGAAAAAUACGAAAGCGACUUGACUACCCUGUCUUCCAUGCUGGACGAAUUGCACACGAGGGCCUUGGUCAUGGGGAACACAAUAAACGAGCAGAACAGGAUGCUAGGGGAUGUGAACGAAAAAAUGGAAAACAACAUAGAGAAAAUUCGGGAUCAGCAAAAAUUGAUGAAGGAAAUUAUGAAAAAGUGA